AUGCCCACCCUCAAGGUCCUCUCCGCCCUCCCCGGCCUCUGUCAUGACAGGAUGAACGCCGUUACCGGGGCUCGGCCAGCCAUGUGUCAGCGUUACUCCUUCUUUCUUCUUUUUGAUACCCAGACGGUCCCAACUGCUGGAUUCGCGACGCUUGCCUUUCGUCUCAAGAGCUCCAAUUCCCAGAUAAUCAAGAUGGCCAACACUCCUCAUGGCGGCGUGCUCAAGGAUCUGCUUGCGCGCGAUCUUCCUCGCCAUGCCGAGCUCGCUGCUGAAGCUGAAACGCUCCCUGCCCUCGUCCUGACCGAGCGCCAGCUUUGCGAUCUCGAGUUGCUGCUUAAUGGCGGUUUCUCGCCGCUGGAAGGUUUUAUGAACGAGAAGGACUACAAUGGGGUCGUCAAAGACAACCGCCUCGCCGAUGGCUCCCUCUUCAGCAUGCCCAUUACACUCGAUGUGUCACAGGAGACCAUUGAUGAACUUUCCAUCAAGCCCGGUGCCAGGAUAACGCUGCGGGACUUCCGUGAUGACCAGAACCUGGCCAUCAUCACUGUCGAGGACGUCUACAAGCCUGACAAGGAGCUCGAGGCCAAGGAGGUCUUUGGUGGUGACCCGGAGCACCCCGCGAUCCAGUACCUCUUCAACACGGCCAAGGAAUUUUAUGUUGGCGGCAAGCUCGAAGCCGUCAACAAGCCCCAGCACUAUGACUUUGUCGAGCUCAGAUACACCCCCGCGGAGCUUCGCGCUCACUUCGACAAGCUUGGCUGGACCCGGGUUGUCGCCUUCCAGACCCGUAACCCGAUGCACCGUGCCCACCGUGAGCUGACGGUCCGCGCUGCCCGGUCGCACCAUGCCAACGUCCUCAUCCAUCCCGUCGUCGGUCUGACGAAACCCGGCGACAUCGAUCACUUCACUCGUGUCCGCGUGUACAAGGCUCUCCUCCCUAGGUAUCCCAAUGGCAUGGCCGUCCUCGGCCUGCUGCCCCUGGCCAUGCGCAUGGGCGGCCCCCGUGAGGCCAUUUGGCACGCCAUCAUCCGCAAGAACCACGGCGCUACCCACUUCAUCGUCGGCCGCGACCACGCCGGUCCCGGCAAGAACAGCAAGGGUGUCGACUUCUACGGCCCGUAUGACGCCCAGCACGCCGUCGAGAAGUACCGCGAUGAGCUCGGCAUCGAGGUUGUGCCCUUCCAAAUGAUGACGUACCUGCCUGACAGCGACGAGUACGCCCCGGUCGACCAGAUCCCCAAGGGUGUGCGCACCCUCAACAUCUCCGGUACUGAGCUGCGCGCUCGUCUGCGCAGCGGCCGUGAGAUCCCCGAGUGGUUCUCGUAUCCCGAGGUCGUUAAGGUGCUGCGCGAGUCGCAUCCUCCAAGGUCGAAGCAGGGCUUCACGGUCUUCCUGACUGGCUACAUGAACAGCGGCAAGGACCAGAUUGCGCGGGCGCUCCAGGUCACGCUGAACCAGCAGGGCGGUCGCUCCGUUUCCCUGCUGCUGGGCGAGACCGUCCGCCACGAGCUCUCGUCUGAGCUGGGCUUCAGCCGCGAGGACCGCGACAAGAACAUUGGCCGCAUUGCCUUCGUCGCCUCGGAGCUGACCCGUGCCGGCGCCGCUGUUAUCGCUGCUCCUAUCGCUCCCUUCGAGCAGGCUCGGCAACACGCCCGCGAGCUGGUUGAGAAGUACGGCGACUUUUACCUCAUCCACGUCGCCACCCCUCUCGAGUACUGCGAGAAGACGGACAAGCGCGGCAUCUACAAGCGGGCGCGCGCUGGCGAGAUCAAGGGCUUCACCGGUGUCGACGAUCCGUAUGAGACCCCUGCCAAGCCGGACCUCGUUGUCGACUGCUCGAAGCAGUCGGUGCGGUCGAUUGUGCACCAGAUCAUUCUGCUGCUGGAGAGCCAGGGCCUGUUGGAUAGGGUCUAA